AAAUAAAAGAAAAAAGAAAAAGAAAAAACAGAGGACCAAAGAAAUAAUAUCAGGAAUGAGAGGGCAUCAAAGAAUAAUUUCGCAAAUUGGAAGGAUACCUGUUUUAUUUACACGAGAUUGAUUGCCGUAGAUUUAUUUUUAUUUGUUAAAACGCCAACGUGCUGAAGAGUCUUCCAUUGAACCUGCAUCACAGCAUCAGUUUACCCAUUCCAAAGGUGAUUUGAUGUCCAGGGGAAAGAUGAAGACUGUUGCGGUGACAUUGUUGAUUGCUUUAAUGGUUGUUGUUCAAGUCUCAUUCGGACAUACAUUUCCAUUUGCUGUUCCUUCGUUUCUUUGGUCACCGCAUCAAUAUGGAGUUGCCUCAAGUGAAGCUGUCAAUUACAGAACCCUUUCACUGAAGGAAUUAAUCAAGUCUGUUAUGGAUGAGGGUGGUUGGUCGGACUUGCUGUGCUCAGGAAAAGGUGGACACCAUCUGGAUCUUGCACUUGUUUUUGUUGGGAAAGAGUUGCAAUCUGUGGAUAUUGCUAGACCCAAAAAUGCCAAUUUGGAGCUUGUGGACUUGCUGAAGGCCUCUGUUGCAAAGUCCAACUUUUCUUUGGCAUUCCCCUACAUUGAUGCAUCAGAGGAGAGAGAAUCAGUGGAAAGCUCCUUGAUUUCAGAAUUUACAAACAUGUGUGGGCAUGGUCUUGAGGCCAGCAACAUUGCUUUCUCAGAAUCGUGUUCUGUAGAGGGUGAAAGUUCGAACAAGCUCACUGAUGUGCAGUCAGUUCAGAACUAUCUGCUAUCAAGGAUCACUAAACAAUACAAGGGGCAGCUAAAUUUGAUUGUUCUCUGCGACCAAGGUCACCGGACUCUAGGAGGAGCUGAAGAGCAAACCUCUGAGGGAGAAGUUUUAUCUCAACUACUCAGUUAUGUGGAGAAUCUGGGAGCAAAAUACACUGCGCUGUAUGUGUCGGAUCCUUUUAAGUCAAUUCGGUUCCCCUCUCAUAGGGAAGUAGAAAGACUUCUUGCUGAAGGUACUGGGAAUAGAUCAGUUAGUGGCUGCGAUGGAGUUUGCCGAAUUAAAUCCUCAUUUUUGGAGAGCAUAUUUGUUGCAAUUGUUUUACUUAUAAUUCUGAUAGCCGGCCUUUGCUGCAUGAUGGGAAUUGAUACUCCAACAAGGUUUGAGGUCCCUACAGAUUCGUAAUCCUUAGAGCUUCUGCAAAGAUAAAUUCAUGUUCUGAGGUGCUUUGAUUGCCGUAAUUUGAGUGUAUCUUCUUUAUUGCUAUGCAUAACCCUGUAAUUUUGUUUAUUUUUCAAACAUCGCUUGUAUCAGCAGUAUUGAGUGUAAAAUUCAAUAAUGUAUGGGCCACCUGAUUUUCUUGUUAUAUAUUAUUCUGGACGUACUGAGUUUCAGUUA